AUGGAUAUCAGCCUUAUGGGAAAGAACCCUAUUGUAGCAAUUAUCUCUACUUGUAUCUACGAAUUCAACAACGAGAAACGGGAACUUGAGAGUCCUUUUCAGGGCCGGCUUGAAUGGAACGGGAGUGCAGAUAUGCAGGACGUCUCCAUCUCGGUCCUAAACAUCUCCCUGAACGAUUCGGGGAUCUACACCUGCAAUGUAACUCGAGAAUUCCUCUUUGAGACCCACCGGCCCAUCUUCACCAGCUCGACGCUGAUUCAUCUCACCGUGAUGAAGGAUGCUGGAAGAGACUUAACAGCUCUCAUCUCUGCAAUAAUGAUGUAUAUUCUCUUGGUCUUCCUCACAUUGUGGCUCCUGAUUGAGAUGGUUUACUGCUACCGGAAAGUUUCCAAAGCAGAGGAUGCUGCCCAGGAAAAUGCUGCCAACUACCUCGCCAUCCCAUCAGAAAAUAAAGAAAACUGUGCUAUACCAGUGGAGGAGUAGGAGGUGAAUUUGCACCAGAGUUUUGCAACAAAGGAGCCUGACAGACCUCAAGGACUAACAAAUCACUGCAGCUGGAUUGGAAGGGAUCCCGUUCCACGAGGUGGAGCCAUGAGGCCGUCUACAUUUAUUCCCUCCUCCUGGGGAGGCAUCCGUGGCUUCCAUCUUGACCGAUGACGGGCCUCUGUUUGAGGCAAGCUGAGACAGACAAAAGAGGGCAGGAUGGCGCUGUUCGUCCCAUCGUUGUCCCAGUUUUGUAAAUACGAACUGCCUUUUUCCCUAACGUAGAUUUUUUUUCCCAUUGGGGUCUUUGCCAUCGCAAGCUGCCCCCAGGACAACAUUCUCCACUCUGAACCUUCUUCUAUCUUCAUUCUGGAAUUAAUUUAGCAUCCUGUUCCCAGCAUGGGGCAGGCAGGCAGAAGUAAGAAUCAGAAAGUUUCAGUUCCUUCUCAACCUAGGAGAGGGAAGGAGGAGGAGAACUCAGGAAGCUGGAAAUAUUGUUGGGAUGACCACAGUAGCCUUGAAAUUACCACCGUCCAGGGAUUAGCCGGAGCACAAAUCUUCCACUGUUUGCAUAAUUUCAUUCAUCUCCAUCUUUGUCCAUAGUCAAUUCAGGGUUUGUCUGACUCCUGGGUGAAUCCCAAGUAUGGAGAAUAGGUUUCUGAUCAUGUAACAAGGUUUAGACCAGUGGUGGGAUCCAAAUUUAUUUUUACUAUCGGUUCUGUGGGCA